UUCCUCGGUGGUGUCCGCCCGGUCACGCCGGUCCCACCCUGAGCUGGCGCGGGCUCCAGGAAGCUCGGGGAAGGGGAGGGCCGGGCCCGGCCGGAGCUGAGCAUCGCCCGGGUGGGCGGCCAGGCCGCGGCCUCUCCGCCGGCAGCACCACCUGUCGCGGGGCGAGACGUCGGUGUUGCAAUUCUUCUUAAUGACAACAAUGGAAGCACGUGUUAAUUAUUAAUUAUGAGUCGGGCAGUGUGCUCUACAUGGAUGAUCUCAAAAUAGUGCUUUGAGGUGAAGGAAGAGAUGUUGUCUCGGUUGAGAAUAGUUGCUGCUCCCUGUACUCUAGCAUGUCGUCCUGUUCACACGAAAGAGAAAGGCAAGCCGCUUAUGUUGAACCCGAGAACAAACAAGGGAAUGGCAUUUACAUUACGGGAACGACAGAUGCUUGGUCUUCAAGGACUUCUACCUCCCAAGAUAGAGACACAAGAUAUUCAAGCUUUACGAUUCCAUAGAAAUGUGAAGAAAUUGAAUGGCCCUUUGGAAAAAUACAUCUAUAUAAUGGGAAUACAAGAAAGAAAUGAAAAGUUGUUUUACAGAAUUCUGCAAGAUGAUAUUGAAAGUCUGCUGCCAAUUGUAUAUACACCAACAGUUGGUCUUGCCUGCUCCCAAUAUGGACACAUCUUUAGGAGACCUAAGGGAUUAUUUAUUUCAAUCUCAGACAGAGGUCAUGUUAGAUCAAUUGUGGAUAACUGGCCAGAAAAUCAUGUUAAGGCUGUUGUGGUGACUGAUGGAGAGAGAAUUCUGGGUCUUGGAGAUCUGGGUGUCUAUGGAAUGGGGAUUCCAGUAGGAAAACUGUGUUUGUAUACAGCUUGUGCAGGAAUACGGCCUGACAGAUGCCUGCCUGUGUGUAUUGAUGUCGGAACUGAUAAUCCAGCUCUCUUAAAAGAUCCAUUUUACAUGGGCUUGUAUCAGAAAAGAGAUCGAUCACAACGUUAUGAUGAUCUGAUUGAUGAGUUUAUGAAAGCCAUUACUGACAGGUAUGGACAGAACACACUUAUUCAGUUUGAAGACUUUGGAAAUCAUAAUGCAUUCAGGUUCUUGAGGAAGUAUCGAGAAAAAUAUUGUACCUUCAAUGAUGAUAUUCAAGGCACAGCUGCAGUAGCUCUGGCAGGUCUUCUCGCAGCACAGAAGGUUACUGGGAAAUCCAUCUCAGAACACAAAAUCUUAUUUCUUGGAGCAGGAGAGGCUGCUCUUGGAAUUGCAAAUCUCAUAGUUAUGGCUAUGGUAGAAAAUGGGAUCUCAGAAGAAGAGGCACAAAAGAAAAUUUGGAUGGUUGACAAGUUUGGUUUAUUAUUUAAGGGGCGGAAAGCUAAAAUAGAGAGUUAUCAAGAACCAUUUGCUCACUCAGCUCCUGAGAACAUACCUGAUACUUUCGAAGAAGCAGUGAAUAUACUUAAGCCUUCAGCUAUAAUUGGAGUUGCGGGAGCUGGCCGACUUUUCACUCCUGAGGUAAUCAAAGCCAUGGCUGAUAUCAAUGAAAGGCCUAUAAUCUUUGCAUUGAGUAAUCCUACAGCGAAGGCUGAGUGCACAGCUGAAGAAGCAUAUACACUUACACAGGGAAGGUGUUUGUUUGCCAGUGGCAGUCCAUUUGGGCCAGUGAAACUCAGCGAUGGGCAGCUCUUUACCCCAGGUCAAGGAAACAAUGUAUAUAUUUUUCCAGGCGUGGCUUUAGCAGUUAUUCUCUGUAACACCCGGCAUAUUAGUGACCAUGUUUUCCUGGAAGCUGCAAAGGCACUGACAAGUCAAUUGACAGAUAAGGAGCUCGCUCAAGGGAGACUCUACCCACCACUUGCUAAUAUUCAGGAAGUUUCUAUUAACAUUGCUAUUAAAGUUACAGAAUACCUAUAUGCUAAUAAAAUGGCUUUCCGAUACCCGGAACCUGAGGACAAGGCCAAAUAUAUUAGAGAAAGAAUCUGGCGAAGUGAAUACGAUUCCCUGCUGCCGGAUGUGUAUGAAUGGCCAGAGUCUGCAUCGAGCCCUCCCCAGAUAACGGAAUAGAAGCACGCCCACUGAUGAACACUUCCCAUGCUUCAGAGGACUGCGUUUUUUAGACAAAAAGAGAUAAUGUUCUCAAAUUCACGUUUUUUUCUGUGUUUUGUUCUCCCCCGCCACUUUGCCUGACUUAAUUUUUCCCACGAAUCUACACUUCUUUAGGGGGUAUAUGUGUUGACUACGUUGUUCAUGCCCACCAGCACCCUGCAGUCAAAUCACUAGAAUGCUUUCCUUCUGAUUUGUAACUCAUCCCACAUCGAAGAGAUGUUAAAAAUGUAUCUGUGAAUAUCUUCUCUUGUGCUCUGGUUCACGCUUGCCAAAGUAUUUGCUAUUUACAUAAUAGGGACUUCUCUCUCUCAGCUCUUCUAGGGCUACUAAAAUCAAAAUUUACCCCUGUGGAUAUGGGUACAGAAUUUUGAGAGGCCAAAUUUAACCAAAUUCUAAGGACAAAUUGUCAGUAUCUAAAAGUGUUCUUUUAUUUCUGCUUCAUUUUACCUUCAUGCUCUGAAAUUCCUUUCCCGUAGAGAGAUGUAGAGAAAUAUGAAAGGUCUACCCUAUUUAUUUUCUGGAACAAAAUUGAGGAUUAACUAUAAUGUGAGAGAGAAAUGGGAACUACUGCUACCUUUAGACAAAUAAAAUAGUCAUUGUUUUCGACAGUGUAUAAAAAUCAUAGUGUAACUUUUUUAUUUAAUAAAGGUGACAUCUUUAAUUGCUUCAA